GUUUGGCAAAUUCGCAACUGCAAGUGUUGCUUUCUUUGUGAGUGUAAAAUCAAAGAACAAACGUAAAUUAUGGUAGUUAUGGAUAGUUUUGACAUGUUGCUGCCUUAAUAUAAUUUGAAUUGCUUUUAUUCAAAGAAUUAUAUAUAUUUGCUAUUCUUUACGGGUUUUUUUGUCUUAAAGAGCUAAUCAAACGUGAUAAACUUUCGGCAUUUUGUCCUCUAUUAUAUAUCUCGAAAGAAAACCGUGGACAUGUCGGAUGCUGUUACACAGAGAAAAAAAGGUUCUGGUCUGCCAUCUGAUAAGAUAUGUCUACAAUUGAUAUGGGUCACGUCACCUGCAAAAAGACUCGACUUUUUCUUCACUCCCGAUGAUACGGCAGCAUAUAUCUGUCAGUAUGUCUUUGAUCAUUGGCCGGACGAAUGGAAAGAAGCAACCGUAGCAUCAGCACAUGUACUAAAGCUAAUACACCAGGGGAGAUUUCUUCAUGGAAGUGUAUCUAUCGGAGCCUUAAAUUUACCUCUUGGGAAACGCAGUGUGAUGCACUUAGUAGCUAGGGAAAAUUUGCCUGAACCGCCAUCGCAAGGACAAUCUAAGAGAGAAAAAGCGGAAAGGCAAAGUCGCUGCUGCAAUAUUUUGUAAAUUUACCCAUAUUUCAGUGUACCACGUUUAAUUACCUGUUAAAUGUUUAGUUAAUUUUUAAAAAAUCAUAUGUAAUAUAAUGUAUAAAUUAUUGCACGGAAAUUAUGGCCAAUGUGAGGCGAGAGAAUUUUGCUGCAAUUGCUCAAGAUAUGAAGAAAUUUUCAUUUGCUUUUGUUGAUUACAUCCUUCAAAAUAUUUGGACGCGAGAAUGAGGAAACGACCUCUCCCCCCUGUCCGGCAUUCAAUCAUCGAUUUAACGAAGUUUGUAGCUAGCUACAUUAUACGUACAAAUGUCUAACAGAAAGACGUUUUAUCUAGGUGUAAAUGUUUCAACAUUUAUUGAAACAAAUGAUUUUAUUUUAAAUUUAUUAUUUCUUGUGUAAGCUACAAUUGAACCUCCCAGACUUUUAAAGAAAAAACAUAAAAUUUCAACAGUUCGCCUUAUGUGCUCGCUGUUUUGUAUGUAGUAUAGUUUAUAUCUUUGUUUGUAUAUCAUGUUGUCAUUGAAAAAUAUCUUAAUAGUUUAUGGA